CUCCAACAUCCAGCAAGACACUUACCGCUUUAAUAGAAAUAACCCACACAGAAACAGUACGUGGAAUCUCGCCUCGCCUCGCCUCAUUCACUUUAAUUAGGCAAAUAAUUUUUAGAGUAUUGAUGAUGUAUGUGGCACUCGGAAUAGUUGUGAUUGGGUUUUGGAAGACAAAGGAAACUACGGAUCCUUCCUGGAUGCUCUUCUUCUUCUUCUUCUUGUAUUUCAUUUUUACACUGCUGCUUCAGUUCAGUGUUUUGGGUCGUGAUCUGUUUCCAUUUCAUUUAGAUAAUUCAGGCUUUAUAUGAGAUGGAGGUGGUUUGAACCGAUUUCAUUAUGGGAGAUGGUUCCUCUGCACCCAAUCCCAAUCACAUCUUUGGAACUGGAAGCUCAUCACACGACAACAACACUGUUGAUAUCACUCUCAUGGAUGAACUCCUCCUUGAUGGUUUCUGGUUAGAGACCACUGAAGGAUCCAACUUUUGGCAGCCUGCAGCCCCCUUUACUUCUCCUUCUAACCCUUUAGAUUCUCCUUCCUCCUACUUCCCCACUACUUCACACUCUAACAGCACUGCCCAAUUCACUCCUAACCAAUUUCACAAUCAUUUUCCACAACAAACUACUCAAAAUUCUACCUUUCUUCACAUGGAAGAAUUAGAUGCUGAAUAUCAAACUAAUAACCCUGAUUCCGUCCCACCUUCAUCAUCUUCGCCAAACCAACCUCCUACUUUUAUGCUUCAAGGCACUGAAAUGAAUAAAAGGUUGUGGAUUGGACCAAACAGAAGCAACCCUACUCCAACCGCCUCAGUGAAGAAAAGAUUAGUCCAGGCAAUUGAAUACCUGAAAGAGUCAACAAGGGACAAAGAUGUUCUCAUUCAGAUAUGGGUACCUGUAAACAGUAGAGGCAGACAUGUCCUCACAACUAAUAACCAACCAUUUUUCCUCAAUCCAAACUGCAAAAGUCUUGCAGAUUACAGGCAUGUCUCUAGAAACUAUCAAUUUGCAGCAGACAACAAUUCUAAGGAAUUGGUGGGGUUGCCAGGCCGCGUUUUCUUGAACAAGUUGCCUGAGUGGACCCCUGAUGUUCGCUUCUUCAGGAGGGAGGAAUAUCCACGGGUUACUCAUGCUAAACAGUAUAAUGUCAGUGGGUCACUUGCGCUUCCUGUUUUUGAAAGAGGGAGUGGAACUUGUUUGGGAGUUGUUGAAAUUGUGACAACUUUUCAAAAAGCUAAUUAUAGUCCUGAGCUUCAAGAUGUCUGCAAAGCACUUGAGGCAGUUGAUUUAAGAAGUUCUGGUGUUUCAAGUCCCUUGGAUGAACAGAUUUGCAAUCAGUCAUACCAGGCAACUUUGGAAGAGAUUCAAGACGUACUGAAAUGUGUGUGUGAUACACACAAGUUGCCCAUGGCUCAGACCUGGGCUCCUUGUAUCCAACAAGGUAAAGGCGGGUGCAGGCACUCUGAUGAGAAUUAUACUUCUUGUGUUUCCACAAUUGAAUCAGCUUGCUAUGUCCGUGUUCCUCAAGUAUUGGAAUUUCACCAAGCAUGCUCUGAGCAUCACUUGCUCAAAGGCGAAGGGGUUGCUGGAGGAGCAUUCAUGACAAAUCAGCCAUGUUUUGCCACAGACGUUACCGCUUUCAGCAAAACAGAAUAUCCUCUCUCACACCACGCCAGAAUUUUUGGAUUGUGUGCUGCUGUUGCAAUACGACUCAGAAGUAUACACACUGGUUCAGCUGACUUUGUUUUAGAAUUCUUCUUGCCGCCGGAUUGCAAAGGCGAUGAAGAACAGAAGCAAAUGUUACAUUCGUUGUCUUCUGUUAUAGAACAAAUCUGCAGGACUCUGCGUGUGGUUACAGAUCAGGAAUUAGCAGUAGAAACACCAUUUCCGGAUCAAGAAAGGGGAUCCCCUUCAGCUGGUGGAUUAGACAAGGAGAAAUCUAAAAAAUUGGUAUCCCCUCCUCCCAGAGAUCCCUCUCAAGAAGCUUCUUCCUGGUUUACACAUAUGAUGGAUGCACAAUCAAAAGGUAAAAGUACCUCUGUGUCUUUCAGUAACAACAAAGAUGAAUUGGAAGAAAACUUCAACUUAACAACCAAUUGGGAGAAAACUGACGUUGAAGAUUCCGGACCCAAGGAAAGUGCCAAUAGUAGUGGAGAUUUUUCUUCAGGUGCCAAGAGACGAACCAAGACUGAGAAGACUAUCAGCUUGCAAGUACUUCGACAGUAUUUUGCUGGGAGCCUGAAGGAUGCUGCUAGAAGUAUUGGAGUCUGUCCUACAACUUUGAAAAGAAUAUGCAGACAACAUGGAAUUACACGCUGGCCUUCUAGAAAGAUCAAGAAGGUAGGCCACUCAUUAAGGAAACUUCAGCUUGUAAUCGAUUCAGUCCAGGGUGCUGAGGGUGCCAUCCAACUUAGCUCUUUCUAUAGCAGUUUCCCUGAACUUGGCUCUCAAAGCUUACAGGGGACUAGCAACUACUCUGCUUCCAAAAUGAAUGAUCAGCUGCAGCAAGUAACUACUCAGCCAGAAGGCAUCCUCCCAUUAAGCCCUGGAACCACCUGUUCAAAGUCCACUUCUUCUUGCAGUCACAGUUCCAGUUCAAGUUUCAAUUGUUCCGCUAGAGCAAAUCAGUCACCCUUCACUCUAAAUUCCUCGGCCGGUGGGGAUGCAUCUUCAGCUGAACAAUCUGGAGAGAUGCUAAAGAGAGCACGCAGUGAUGCAGAACUGCAUGGCUUGGGUCAAGAGGACACAAAGCUUCUUGUAAGAUCCCACAGUCAGAAGAUUAUAAGCAGCCAUUCCUUUCAGGAGACCCUGGCUCCUUUGUCAAAUAGCACUAGCCACACUUUACAGAAUGCCUGUACCUUUAGGGUAAAAGCUACAUUUGGGGAAGAAAAGAUCCGAUUCAGCCUGCAGCCACAUUGGCGUUUUGGAGAUCUACAGCAUGAGAUUCUGGCACGUUUUAAUAUACAGGAUGGCAGUAAAUUUGACAUAAAAUACCUAGAUGAUGACUCUGAGUGGGUGCUUUUGACAUGCGAUGCUGAUCUUGAAGAAUGUAUAGACAUCCACAGGUCAUCUAAAAGCCGAACAAUCAAACUCUCCCUCCACUAUGCCAAUAAUCUAAAGCAUGGAAGUUCAUCAGGAAGCAGAGGGGAAUAUCUCAUGUAAUGUUGACCUGUAAUGUGAGUAGGAAGCAGUUUGUUUCAUUUUCCUUUGCCAAUAGUUCAAUAGCAAUAGGGAUUAAUUUCCUGUGCAAGGAAGAUGUAAAAUAUACAUAGACCAUGAGGCAAGAAGCUGCUGCUUACAGUAGCAAGAUCAAUCUCAGCUCAGCAUAAUAUAUUUUCUUCAAAAUGAUGUCUGGCUGUCAGAUCCAAAUUGAAAAUGUAAGGAAAAGUUAUGGCUCUAUAUCAGUAAUAUGUUUGAAUACAAGUGUGAGAAAGAGGAAGAUUACCUUCAA